AAAACUUGCAUCUCGGUUUCGCGAAUCGCAGUCAUCUUCCUUUGCUGUGUGAAAAAGUAGUGUUCGAACGAGAAAAAGGCUUCCGAAGGCCCCAACAGUACAAGGAACCCCGGAACCGCCCUCCAGAGCAAGGAUGAUCGGAAAUUUGGCCAAGCUAUCGUACGUACGCGGAGUGUCGCAGGCCGUCGCAAGCGGAUGCAAGGCCGCAGCCGUCCCCGUCAAGGUGGAUGCCAAGCCAGCUGUCUUCGCAGGUCAGACCCCGAUUGUUGCCAGCUCGCCGAAUAGCGCACUGCCGCGGUCCGUAGUCCGGGUUGUGUCCGGAGUUGCAGCUACUGGUCAGAUCCGACUGGCUCACACCGACAUCCAGACCCCCGAUUUUUCACCCUACCGUCGCGAGCAGGUUAAGCGACCCAACGCCAAGAAUGACUCGGCUGAUGAGCGUGCUGCUUUCACCUACCUGAUGGUGGGAGGUGCUGCCGUAAGCACCGCUUACGUGGCCAAGUCGUUGGUCUCCACCUUUGUCUCUUCGAUGAGCGCCUCGGCCGAUGUGUUGGCUAUGGCCAAGAUCGAAAUCAAGCUGGCUGACAUCCCGGAGGGCAAAUCAGUUACCUUCAAAUGGCGUGGCAAACCGCUGUUCAUCCGUCACCGCACGGCAGCGGAGAUCUCGGCCGAGGAAUCCGUCAACACUGGAACCCUACGUGAUCCCCAGCAUGAUUCUGAGCGUGUCAAAAACCCAGAAUGGCUCGUCGUGAUCGGAGUCUGCACCCACUUGGGUUGUGUACCGAUCGCUAAUGCUGGUGACUUCGGCGGAUACUACUGUCCGUGUCAUGGUUCUCACUACGACGCUUCCGGGCGCAUCCGAAAGGGACCUGCUCCACUAAAUCUGGAGGUGCCCUACUACGAGUUCCCAGAGGAUGGGUUGGUCGUUGUUGGUUAAACGAUAUUUGUGAUUUUGCUUAUGUUUUUAAUAGCAGCAAAAACUAAAGAAGUAUCAAUUAGGUGUUCCGUUAAACAAAUGGUAUCUUUCUGUACUGCAAUCGAAAUUCGCGAUGGCAAAUAAAUAAAGAACAUGAACAUA